GGGGCGGAGCUAAUAAAUAGUGGCACAGAGCACUUGCCUUGUGUAAGAUGGUGGUGGUUGCUACGCUCUAAGUGGGAUGCGUGGCAGGCAGACACGUACUUGCCUCCUCGCCGCCUCUGUGUUGUGGUUUUAGCCGCGGAUGGGGGCUGUGGAGCAAUAGUGAGAGGGAAAUCCAGGCUUGCGUGCCUCGGUGCCGGCCGGUUGCUGGUGGUACUACUCAAGAAGAGCCCGCUGCUCCCGUCCCUUCAGCAGGAGGAAGCUGAGGCUGCUGUGGGCGGGGAUCGCUCGGUUCUUCCCUGCUCGGCUAUGUCGGACAAUCAGAGUUGGAAUUCCUCUGGUUCCGAAGAUGACCCCGAGACAGAGCUCGGGCUGCCUGUUGAGCUCUGUGGGGUACUCAGCAAGUGGACCAAUUACAUUCAUGGGUGGCAGGAUCGAUGGGUAGUUCUGAAAAGCAACACACUCAGUUACUACAAGUCUGAAGAUGAAACAGAGUAUGGCUGUAGAGGCUCUAUCUGUUUGAGCAAGGCUGUGAUUACACCUCAUGACUUUGACGAAUGCAGAUUCGAUAUUAGUGUAAACGACAGUGUUUGGUACCUCCGAGCUCAGGACCCAGACCAUAGACAACAGUGGGUAGAUGCAAUAGAACAACACAAGACUGAAUCUGGCUAUGCAUCAGAGUCAAGUUUACGACGCCAUGGCUCCAUGGUGUCUCUUGUUUCUGGAGCGAGUGGAUACUCUGCAACAUCCACCUCUUCAUUCAAGAAAGGCCAUAGCUUACGUGAGAAGCUUGCAGAAAUGGAAACCUUUAGAGACAUCUUGUGUAGACAAGUUGAUACUUUACAGAAAUACUUUGAUGCCUGUGCAGAUGCAGUUUCCAAAGAUGAACUCCAGAGGGAUAAAGUAGUAGAAGAUGAUGAAGAUGAUUUCCCUGCAAUGCGUUCUGAUGGGAGUUUUUUACAUAACAGCAACAGCAGUAAGGAAAAAUUGUUUCCGUAUGUGACACCCAAAGGAAUUAAUGGCAUAGACUUUAAGGGAGAAGCUAUAACUUUCAAGGCAACUACUGCUGGAAUCCUUGCUACACUCUCUCAUUGUAUUGAACUCAUGGUAAAACAUGAAGAAAGCUGGCAAAAAAGACUAGAUAAGGAAAUAGAGAAAAGGAGAAGAAUUGAAGGAGCAUACAAAAAUGCUGUGACAGAACUGAAGAAAAAGUCCCACUUCGGAGGGCCAGACUAUGAGGAGGGUCCUAAUUGUCUGAUUAAUGAAGAAGAAUUCUUUGAUGCUGUUGAAGCUGCUCUUGAUAGACAGGAUAAAAUGGAAGAACAGUCCCAAAGUGAAAAGGUCAGAUUAUACUGGCCAAUAUCCUUACCUCCCGGAGAUGCAUAUUCUGCUGUGGGGACUCAUAGAUUUGUCCAAAAGCCCUAUAGUCGCUCUUCCUCCAUGUCUUCCAUUGAUCUAGUCAGUGCCUUUGAUGUUCACAGAUUCAGCACCCAGGUGGAAGAGAUGGUACAAAACCAUAUGACAUAUUCUUUGCAAGAUGUAGGAGGAGAUGCCAAUUGGCAGCUAGUGGUAGAAGAAGGAGAAAUGAAGGUGUACAGAAGAGAGGUGGAAGAGAAUGGAAUAGUAUUAGAUCCUUUGAAAGCAACGCAUGCCGUUAAAGGGGUAACAGGGCAUGAAGUUUGCCACUACUUCUGGAAUGUUGAUGUUCGUAAUGACUGGGAAACAACAAUUGAAAAUUUCCAUGUUGUGGAAAAUCUAGCUGAUAAUGCUAUCAUCAUUUACCAGAUGCAUAAGAGAGUGUGGCCGGCUUCUCAAAGGGAUGUGCUGUAUUUGUCUGCCAUCAGAAAAAUACCGGCAUUCAGUGAAAAUGAUCCUGAAACAUGGAUUGUUUGCAAUUUCUCUGUGGAACAUGACAGUGCUCCUAUAAACAAUCGUUGUGUCCGUGCCAAAAUAAAUAUUGCUAUGAUUUGUCAGACUUUAGUAAGCCCGCCAGAAGGGAAUAAGGAAAUAAGCAGGGACAAUAUCCUAUGCAAGAUUACAUAUGUAGCUAAUGUGAUUGGCUUAAUGUCUACUUCUAGUGAACCCAGGAGGAUGGGCACCAGCAUCAGUGUUACGGGCAGUGGCAAAACGAGAAUAUCCAAAAUUCUUAAAGCGUUUUACAUCAUACGUGCAAGAGAAAACGGCAGGAAAGCCUAUUUUAUUCUAGCAUUAGCAGUGAUCAGGACAAGACUGGGUGAGCAUUCCACCUUGAAGUGACCGAUAAGCGCAUAGACCACUCAGUGUUGGAACAAAGGAUCUAUAGUCUUUUUAUCAUUUCUAGGGUUUGUAUACUGAAGUAAAGAAGCACUGCAUUACCAUGAGGCUGAAUAUUUAAUACUAGCUCUCUCCUAAAUUUUUUGCAGAGUCAGUGUGUAAUUAUCAAUAGAUGUUUUGAUAACAUGCAUAUGGCUAUUUUGAUUGCUUUAGAAGAGGAAGAAUGUGUACAGCUUUGAAUCACCAACAGGGGUUACUGCUUUAAUUUUAAACAGUGUGCAGAAUUUCGCUGUCAACAUUCCUAAGAUGCUAGUGCAGUUUUUGUGCGUGUCUAAAAAGCACAAAAGACAAAUGCAUGUAUAGCAUACUCUAUGUGCUUUAUGUGCACAAAUUCUGUAGUAUUUUGGUGGGGAGGGAGGGAGUUCAGUAAAGCCUAAGUGACUUAUUAACAGGUUUUGUUUUAAUAUAAUCGUAGUUCAUUGCCAUUUGUUUCUAUAAUGAAUCAUCUUGUUACAUAAAAUGUCAGGUAAUAAUUGAGGGCUGUCAAAAUCAUUAUGACUUUGCCUUUUCUGUUGUCUUACUCUUAUGAAGAUCUUUGGCUCUGAAGGAAUAAGAGUGUGAAAAGCUUUAUUUUUCCCCAGGUAUGUUUCUAUUGGAUUUUUUAGUUAUGCAAUAUGUGCUAAAGAAAUGUUGCUAUUAAACAUGAUCCAGAAAUUUCUAGGAAGAUGCUUUAUGAGAGGGCAAGAUAGUGCCUGAAAGCCUAAAGUCAUCUGAUCAUUAUAAAUGUGGACUGCUUUCUUGCAUAUCCUGGGCUUUCCCAAAGCUGUGAGAAGGUACACUAUAAUAUUUACUGAAGUAAUUUAGACUACAUAAGACAACAUUCCCAGCCUAGAAUGAGGAUGAGGACAUUAUUUUCAGAUUCUGCAUGUGUUUUUCUCAUCUUGAUAAAGCCAUGCUAUGAGGUUCAUGUAGAAAAUAAGUUGCACUGAUACUUGCCUCAAUCAAAAACUCAUCAGUUUUAAGGAUGUAUAGUUCAUAUUGGAAAGUUCUGCCUAUUUGCUAUGUCAGAUAUUUGCCUGCCUCUGAUUCUGGAUAUGCUUGUUAAGAGAACUGUCUGGCAGACUCGUACUGAUUUUGAGAUCUUUUAUCCAUGUCCUGUAGCUGGAAACUCUUCAGAGACUGCUGGAUGUUUCACUGACCUGUGUAUUUUAAGAAAAAAGCUCCAGAUUUAUUUUUUUCUCUCAAAAGAAAACUGAAAGUCUUGUUUGCUGUAGUAUGGUAGGUAACUGAAAAAAAAAAAGCAAUUUAAUAAAGAUUUGGUGAAUUAUUAAAUGUGAUCUGCACAGUGUUGAAAAAAUACUUUAUCUGUUCAUUUUCUUUAUAGAGAUGAAAUAAUACAUAGCACACAAUUACACAUGCAUGCAGCUUUCAUGUUCCAUAACUUUUUCCUUUUUAUUUGCCUUUUUAAAAUGGUGUACAUGGAAUAUGCCUUAUUACAGAGUUAUUUUAUUAAUUUGAAUAUCUAGAAAAGCACCUAUAUGUUAAUGCUAGUAAGGCAAAUAAAAUAAAAAGCUGUAUGUUUACUACAUCUCUAGUGAACAUUUUAUAUAGUAAUGUUAAAAAAUAUAUCUCAAAUAUACUUCAUUUUAAAAUCAACCAAGCAGUGGUUAAUUCCACCAUAGCUACUGAUGGGAAUGUAAAGGGAAAAAAAGUCCAAAAUAUAAAGAGCUUAGCUCCAUUUUUGUCUUUUCUUGUAGUUGUCAAACACAGGCAACUAAUUGUUCAUUAAUUUGCAAACCAGUAUAUAAUUCUUAUAUCAUAAGUUGCAUUUGCACAAAAUAUGAUAUACUUUUGCAAUUCUGUAAAUAAAAUUAAACUACAGAUACUAAUUGUAAAUAAUAUUUUGCUUUUAGAUAAAAGCACUGUUACUUCACUACAGCUGGCCCUGCCCAGAGUUCUAAGUCUUCUUAAAGAAUACGGAAGGAGUUGCAAAAUGAGAAAUAGGUAUUAAUUAAUUUACUGCUUUAAAAACAAAUUUUAAAAGGCAGCUCUCAGCCUCUCAGAUUGUCCAUGAGCAAGUAGCCAUUAGGCCUUUUCUUCUACAAGGGAUCUUUCAUGUUUUUUUUAAGUUCCCCUUGUCUUUUGAGCCUAACCCUCUUUCCAGUCACUGCCACAUAUCUGUGCAUUCUGAGUUCUCUUCUUCCUGUUAAAGGAUCUGUAGUAUUUAUACAGCUGUGGUCUUUGCAGAAGCAGCCCAUGAUUCUAGAAUGGCUGUUUUCAUAAGCUGAACCAAUUUGAAGGGCUGAGAAGACAGUUUUCUGUUCCAUCACAUAUUGUUCUCUGAAUAUUUGUGUCUGUUUGGUAAAUUUGAAUGUUGCUGAUCUAGAUGUGAAGGAAAUGACUUUGUAGAACUUGUAUUGGGAAUGAAGAUGAGAGAUGGUCAUUGUUAUCCUGUCUGAAAACCUGAAAAUCUUAUUUUGACAAAUUUAUCUGUGAAAAAUUUAAUACAUCUUGGAAAAAAAAUUACCUUUUACUUAAUUGGGCUGAGCUGCCUUAUGUGAAGUUGUGCAGAUUCUCUUUUAACUAAUCAGAUUGUCCAUCUGUAUUUUUUGUCAAGUUGUACAGAUUACACUGUAUUUGAAUUGCCACCAUUCAUCUACAGAUUGAAAUAAUGAAUCAUAUUUUUGAAUACCUUGAGUGUAUAGAGCAUAACUGUUUUGUUCUAUAAUAGCUUUAUGUUCCUAAUGAUAAAUAUUUAAAAAUUAAUAAGAAGUUGGUCCUUCCAUGGUACAAUCACAAAUUUUGAACCAGUAUUUAAAAGUGAAAAGUAUUAAAAAAUAUGAAGAAAAAUCCUGCUUUGUAGUUAUUUUUAACUUCCAGUGCUUUGGAGAAACUUAUUUAAAACAUUUUACCUUGUAACCAACUUUUGGAUUGUAUAUAAAGUUAUAUACAAUACUAUAAUGUAAGGAAACCAUUUGACAGGAAAACAGUUUGCAUAUAUUACUGAGGUUAUCAUAGAAUCAUAGAACCAGUAAAGUUGGAAAAGACCUCCAAGAUCAUCAAGUCCAACCUAUGACCGAACAUCACCAUAGCAGAAAGUGCCAUGUCCAGUUGUUUCUUGAACACUUCCAGGGAUGGUGACUCCAUCAGUUCCCUUGAUGCCUGGAAAUAGAACAAAACCUUCCCAAACAAUGUUAAAAUGAUAAUAUAAAAGCAAACCUUUACUUGAAAGCUUUCAGGUGCAUAAUAUGGUAAAAACUUUGCCCCAAAUUAGAUUAGUACAAUGUUAUAAGAUUGGGUAAUUAGCAUAUCUAGCAAAUAUUGUCUAAUUAGAAGAGCAGUUGGUUAGGUAAUCUACCCCCUGGGUUCUGCCCUAUUGGUGCUCUCCCCCAUGUCCUAGCUCUACCUUUAUUAUGUCUACAAUUACAUGAUGCAAAAUAAAAUGUCCUUGCUAAACAAACAAACAAGACUAAACAGAAUUCCAAGAAUGCAUCAAUAACAGUUUGUUCAUUGUGGGAAAGAGCUGGAAAAGUACUAGAAGUUGCAACCAGGCCUUAAAAAUCUAUAAAGCUAAAAAUACACGAGGAAUACAUAAAAAGCUAAAAAUCUUUAGGUAUCAACCUGGGCAGCUGGUUCCAAAACCUGCCAACCAUUUUGGUGAAGAAAUUUUUCCUAAUAUCUAGCCUAAACCUCCCAUGGUGAAACUUGAGGCUGUUUUCUCUCGUCCUAUCACUUGUUACUUUGGAAAAUAUCCCAACACCCACCUUGCUACAAUCUCCUUUCAGAUAGUUGUAGAGAACAAUAAGGUCUACCCUCAGCUUCAUUUUUUCCAGACUAAACAACCUCAGUUCCCUCAGCCUCUCCUCAUAAGACUUGUUGUCUAGACCCUUCACCAGCUUUGUUGUUCUUUAGACACAGUCCAGUACCUCAAUGUCUUUCUUUUAGUGAGGGGCCCAAAACUGAACACAGGAUUCACGUUGCAGCCUCUCUAGUGCUGAAUCCUGAAGAAUGAUCAGUGCCCUAGUCUUGCUGGACACACUAGUUCUGAUACAAGCCAGGAGGCCAUUGGCCUUCUUGGCCACCUGGGCAAACUGCUGGCUCAUGUUCAGCUGGCUGUCUAUCAGCAUCCUUGGGUCCUUUUCCAUUGCACCACUCUGCCUCCAGCUUGUAGCAUCCCCUGGAAUUGUUGUGACCAAAGUGCAGGACCUGGCACUUUGCCUUAUUGAACCUCAUAUAGUUGGCCUUGACCCAUUGAUCCAGUCUGUCCAGAUAGAUCUGUAGAGCCUUCCCACCCUCCAGCAGAUCAAAAUUCCUUCACAACUCAGUGUUGUCUGUGAACUUACCAAAAGUAUGCUCAAUCUCCACGUCCAGAUCAUCAGUCAAGGUAUUAAGCAGGACUCAUCCAAUAUUGAACCUUGGGGAACCCCACUAGUGACUGGCCGCCAACUGAAUGUAACUCGAUUCACCACCAGUCUCUGGGCCUGGCCAUCCAGCCAGAUUUUAACCCAGUCAAGAGUGCAACAUGGGCAGCCAAAUUUUCCAAGCAAAUGCUGUGGGAGACUGCAUCAAAGGCUUUACUGAAGUUCAAGUAGACAACAUCCAUAGCCUUUCCCUCAUCCACUAGGUGGGUCACCUGGUCAUAAAGGGAGAUCAGUUUGGUCUAAUAGGACCUGCCUUUCCUAAACCCAUCUGGGCUGAGUCUGAUCCCUUGGUUGUCCUGUAUGUUCCGUGUGAUCGCACUCAAGAUAAUCUGUUCCAUAACCUUUCCUGGCACUGAGGUCAGCCUGACAAGCCUGUAGUUCCCUGGAUCUUCCUUCCAACCUUUCUUGCGGAUGGGCAUUACAUUGGCCAACCUUCAGUUGUCAGUGUCCUCCCUGGUUAGCCAGGUGUAUUGGGUCUGGCUGAGCUGGAGUUCAUUUCCCAUAGCAGCCCUCACAGUGCUAUGCUUUGCAUUGGUAGCUAGAAAGGUGUUGAUAACACACCAGUGUUUUGGCUACUGCUGAGCAGCGCUGGCAUGGCAUCAGUGCUGUCUCUCAACAUUCCACCCCCAUCAAGGAGCUGGAAGUGGGCUAGAUUCUGGGAGGGGACACAACUAGGCCAGAGGACCCAAAUUAACCAAAGGGGUAUUCCAUACCAUAUGACAUCAGGUCAGAUAUAAAAGCUAAGGAAGGGAGGAGGCAUUCAUUUUUUUACAGUGUUUUCCUUCCAGAGCAACCACUACAUGUACUGAAGCUCUGCUUCCCAGGAAAUGGCUGAACAUCACUUGUUGAUGGAAAGUACAGAAUAACCUUUUUUUUCUCUUUGCUUAUGCGUGUGCAAACUUUCAUGGUUUUUUUUCUUUAGUCAACUGCCUAAUCUCAAUCUGCCAGUUGUUUUCCAUCUUAUUUUCUCUCCCCUGUCCAGCUGGGAAGUGAUAGAGUGACUUGGUGGGCACCUAGCACCCAGCCAUGGUGAAUCCUUUUCAGUCCUUCUGGCACCCAAUGUAGGCAUGACCAUAACCCCCUAUUCCCUGUCUCCUUGUGCUGCUGGGGAAGGAGGUAGAACUUGGAAGGAGGGAGGGGUAGGGGGAAGGUGUUUUUAAGGUCUUAUUUUACUUCUCAUUAUCCUCCUCUGAUUUUGUUAGUAAUAAAUUGAAUUAAUAUCUCUAGUCUUUUUUGCCCAUGACAGUAUUUGGUGAGUCCUUUUCUCAACUCAUGAACCCUUCAUUAUAUUAUGUCUCCCCUGUCCAGCUGCAGAGAGGAGUGAUAGAGAGGCUUUGGUGGGUGCCCGGCAUGCAGCCACGGUCAACCCACUUCACCAGUACUGAAGAUAAAUGAGGGAGAGUGGUUUGACAAGCUCUUCUGCUUGCUCCUUCAGCACCUGUCCUGGUUUAGGGCAAAUUUGGGAGAGAAUCCCCAAAAAGGGGGCCCCUCCCCACAACCGGUUCGGGAAGAAUUCCUUGGAGAGACGUGGAAAGAACCUCUUUAUUUAACAGGCACAGCACCCCCCAGCGCACAAAAUGAACAAUACCGGCUGACACCACUCUUUCACCACUCUGAAAAAGAUGACAAAUUCAGAAAGUCUCUCCUGGGGGGUUGCUCUGUUAUCAGUCCCUCCGGCACUGGGGCAGCUGCUGCAGCCACAAGAUGCAAACUCUCUCUCGGUGUUUCCCAGGUCCCAGUCCGGAGCAGGUUUGGGUAGAUCCAAAAAGGAAAGGAGAAACAGUCCAGGAAGAAAUUUGGACUGUUUAGCUAAACUAACUAAUGAGAAGAAGCAGAAAACAAGAGCAAGCAGAAGCAAGAGCAAAGCAAAAAGCAGGGCAAAAAGCAAAAAACAGCACUAUGUACUGUCCCAUCGUCUGUAUGUCCCGCUGGCUGUGGGGAAGUGGCUGAUAAGAGGCUCAAAACAAAACUUGCACUCUGCAGAGCCAGUCUUGAAGGCACAGAAGAUAAUAUCCAGCAUAAAUAACACACACGAAUGGGGAUACAAGCAUCCUAACGUCACCCUAGGACAGCACCCUUGGGUGAAUCUGGUCCCAUAAACUUGUGAGUGUCUAAGUGGCACAGAAGGUCAUUAGCUACUUCCUCCUGAAUUGCAAGGGGUCUAUUCUGCUCCCCAUCCCUGCGUAUCAGUUCAGAUGAGGGAGAUGAAAGCUUGAAUGCCACAUUAAUUUACAUAUUAAAAAGCUCAUUUUGUGCUAGUAUAUCAGAGGCAUGUUAAAAUAUGUUCCUGUACAGUACUGUCUUAAUAUAGAGCACUUCCAAAGUUAUAUUUAACCUUUUGUCUCUGUACAGAAUUAUUAACAUUAUGAAAAUUUCCAUGGUAAGUAUGUAAAUCCAGAACUGAGGAGUGCUAGCGAAUAAACUUUUCUAAAGUAUGAGGAAUUUUAAAGAACCAAGAUUAACAUCUGUAGAGGAAGCUUUCCUAAUAGCAGAAAUAGCUAGUGCCUAAUGGAUCAAUAACAUCCUACCUUUAUUUGCUAUGCAGUGAUUCCUAAUUUUUAUAUAGUAAUCACUAAAGUUGUAGAAAGCCUACAAGUAUGCAAGACUGAAGGAACAACUUGAAAUUAUAGAAAGCAUGACUUCCACAAAAAAAAAAAACCCUCUCAAGCUUAGCUGCAUCAGGCCUCAGGUAAUGUAAUGCAGCAAAGGCAGAGUCCUUACACUAGCCCAGCCCUUGAAGAAUGCAGUUAUUUAAGCUGGCAAAAAGUAAUCCUCAAAAUAAAAUAGAAAGAAUACAGUCAUAUGGUUGGUCCCAUAAGUUAUGCUUGUGUUUUAAAAAUAUGUACUUUCCAGUAAGGAGAUGUUGAGCAUUUCUGGAGCUGUACGUAUAACUACAAAAACAAGGGGGAAAUGUCAGCAGAGUUGCUGCUCUGGAUUUCAAGAGAGCAAACUAAGAUAUUCAGGGAGCUACAUAGCAGAGUACCAUAGGAAUCUGCUUUUGAGGGCUUAGGAGUCUACAAGUUCUGGUCUAUUUUGAAGAACCACCUUUUAAAGGCAUAAGAGCAGCAACCUUAGUGUUGAAAGUCAAGCAAGUGGGGCAGAAGACCAGCUUGGCUGCACAGGGAACUCCUUGUGGAACUCAAGAGGAAAAAGAAAUUGCACAAUCUCUGGGACUGAGGUCAGGCUUUGCAGGAAAAUUACAGAGGCAUAGCUGAUAAAUGCAGGGAGAAGACAUGGAAGGUCAAAGCUCACGUAGAGCAAAAACUGGUCAGUGUUGUGAAGGGCUUUUUUUAAGUAUGUCAAUAGCAAGAGUUUUAAAGAAAAGAUGGUCAUCAGAUUAAUAAGGAUAAAGUGGAGACAUUCAGUGCAGUUCUUUUCACCUGUCUUUAAUAAUACUCAUGGACCUUGGGCUGCCUGGCCCCCUGAGCUGGAGGAUCACGAGCGUGUGAGACAUGGGGGGGGUCAGAAAACUAACUUAGAGUAGAAAUUAAUUUUUAGAUUUAGAUGAAGUGUGCAGUUUUUGUUUAGUCUGAAACUUGCUGUGCUCGCAAAAGUCUGUAGAGAUGUGAUGCACGGACAGACGUCUCUCCAACUAAUUAAAGUUGAAAAGAAGGGUAUUUAUUGCAGCGCACUGGACACAUGUGGAAUCGUUUCCAAAUACAUGUGCAAGGAGUUGCAGACUCCUGCUCUCUAUUUAUACAGAAAAGGUUUUACAUAUCCAAGUGGUUUCUAAGAACGCAUAAUACAUAAGCAUUACCUGCCCACGUCAUAUUAUAAUCAGCUGAAUAUACAUUAUGACUGCGUAAUUGUACUCCCUUAAUUGGGUCAGUGGGAUUUUGAAAUAAGGGAGUGGGUGUAUGGGAGGAAGAAAGCCGUCUUCCGCAUGGUGAACUCUUCACCCAUGGCAAGUUGACAGGACUUUUUGAUCUGCUGGUUAUGGUCCAAGCCGCUCCUAACAGUUUGAUUAUUCUUAAGGCAAGGUAUUUCUAUGGUCUCUGCUCCUUUGAAAUUGCUACAUCUAUCCCUGUGUCCUGGUUUAGGGUAAAUUUGGGAGAAAAUAUCCAAAAGGGACCCCUCCAGAAAGCAAACCCACAGGGCCCCUCCCCUCAACCGGCUCAGGAAGGAUUCCUCAGAGAGAAGUGGAAAGGACCUGUUUAUUUAACAUGCAAAGCACUCCGCAGCACACAAAAUGAACAAUACCAGAUGACAAAACUCAUUCACUGCUCUGAAGAGAUGACAAAUUCAGAAAGUCUCUCCUGGGAGUGGUUGCUCUGUUAUCAGUCCCUCCAGCACUGGGAAUGGCUGCUGCAGGCCACAAAGUGCAAACUCUCGGUUUUUCCCAGGUCCCAGUCUGGAGCAGGGUCGAGUGGUUCAGAGAAAAGGGAAAGAAAAACAGUCCAGGGAAAAUUUGGACUGCCUAGCUAAACUAACAAGCAAAAGCAAAAGCAAGAGCAAGAGCAAAGCAGAAGCAAGAGCAAAGUGAAAGCAAGAGCAAAAAUCAAAAGCGGCACUAUGUACUGCCCCGUCCGUGUCCUGCUGACUGUGGGGGAGUGAGCAGGCUUAUAACAAAAAAAAACUUCCCUUUUCAGAGCCAGUCUUGAAGGCACAGAACAUAAUAUGCAGCAUAAACAGAACAGAUGACUGGGGAUACAAGCAUCAUAAUGUCACCCUUGGACAGGUGGUAAUGGUUUGAGAAAACCCAAAUGAUCCAAGGAAUGUACAAAAAAUAACACCUAAUUAAGAAAUAAGGCAAAGCUUACAUCACUGGUUUCAAGCACUGCCUGAAUAAACCCUGAGACACCUCCAACAUCUCCUUGGGGAGGGAUACUUCAGACAGAAGGAUCAGGACUGUUUUAGUCAGAGUUCUUAUAUUCUGAUCUUAGCCUGUGAAUUGUACAGGGGAAAGGGGGAAUUACCAUUUCCAUCAGUACCAUACUGUAAACUAUUUAAUUCAUCCCAAGACUGGACAUGCUAGUGGGGUUAUAAGUAAAUGUUUGAAUUGUGGGAAUAAUUAGUAAUGUAGUUCACAAAAUUUAUGCUCUUGUUGCAGGAAGUGUUGAAGUAAUAACUUUGUUUUGUGGAUGGAAAUAAUAGUGCCUAUUGAAUGAGAGAUACCUGAGGAACAGUGGGAAACCACAGUUAAGGGGUGUCAAAAACAAUUGGCCUGGAAAUUAAUAAAAAGGAAGUGACAAGGGAAAGAAGAGGGCAAGCCUGGGCUGACCACUGUACUUGCCACCGAGAAGAUCAUAUACACCUGCUAUGGGCAGCAACCCCAUAGGCAGGGAAGGUGGGGGUGUAAGCCAUACCAGACCUCUAUUAUUGCUGUUUCUGUCACUCAUUUGUUGUCUUUUCCCUUUCAGGAUACCGGCAAGAUCGUGUCACAAAUGCCACUGAAAACAUUACAUGGAAAGAAACCAAAGUUCCUCUUUUAUUACACACACCCAUGUCAACAGUCAGUGUUAUAACCCAUCCAAAUUAAGUACCUGUAGGCAAAACAAGAAAAAAUUAUCGGAUUGCAAGAAACUUAGGAAAAAGUGGUAAUAGACUGGGAAUUGAAUGUCCAAAAGGAGAGAGAUGGAUUUGUUUUACAUUCAAUCUUAAAGAUAUAGUUCAAGAUUUGGUAAAAAAACAACUAGUAAACAAAAAAGUAAAACCAGCACAGCAAUCUAACUCUGUAUUGACCCCAAAUUAUAUGCCAAAUCGUAUUAUAAGACUCCAAGCAGUCCUAAAGAAGCAAAAGAUAUCAAAAAAAAAAACCAACCCAGGUACCAGUCCAAACUUAGAUAACAAUGUUAAAACCUAGCAGAUUGAGUAAUGUAUUAGAGAUAGGAUGAUAGAAGAAAUUAAGAUUUUUCCUUUUAUGUGUUAGAACUGUUUUGAUAUUUCUUCCUUGUGUAAUCCCCUAAUUUAUUUUGCCAGCAUAGUCCAGAAGAUGCAAGCAGACAAGAAAUAUCGCUCAAGCCAAAUGAUUUACAAAGAAUAAGAGGGGGGAUUGUGAAAAAUGUGUAUUUUAUGAAUGGCUUUUUGCAAAUGUUAAAAUGAAUAUUAUAUGUGUUAUGUCAGAAAGUAAUGCUGCAUUAAUUUUCUUAAGUAGUGUGCUAAAUAUAGUUUUAGGUUAUAACAUAAUUUUAAAAUAGAAACUAUGCUAUGUAAGAUACUUUUUUUAAAGAAAGGACUCGCACCAAGAUAGCAGCCAUAGGACACCUAAAUCUUACAGAGAAAAAGAAUUUAUUGCUCCCUUAUCAGAAGAAACUAACUUCUUCCUGCCUUGCUCAGCACUGAAGAUGCCAUCAGGAUUCAGAGGAAGAAUUUGACACUGACCAGACAGAAUCCUUUGUUUGAAUGGAAUUUAUGCAUCAUGUAUGAGAUGUAUGAAUAUGCAACAGGCUAUUGUUUUUAAGGGUUAAUCCUCUGUUACUGUGUGUCCUUUUUCGGGCUUAUUUUGCCCAGGAAAAGUUACCCGGACUGUCCGUAAAUCUUUGUUUUUAUUGUCUCAUAUUGUCCUAAUCCUCAUGUCCUAGGGUGACGUUAAAAUGCUUGUAUCCCCAAUCAUCUGUUCUGUUUGUAGUAUAUGAUAGAGAUAAUUCAUGCUUUGUAACGGUAUAAAAAUUAUAAAGAUCCAACCAUGCCUCUGACCCCCAUGGCCAGAAGCAGGGCCUUCCUUUCUAUUCAAAAGAUUUCCCGGACUCGCCCAGAUAAAAUCAUAACUAUUAACAAAUGAAUGAGUCCUUCCUGGGCAAUCAUCGACCAUUUCCCAGGAAUGUCCAGAACAUUCACAGAACAGCACCUGGAAGAGAUUAAAUCGAGGAACUGUGAUGUCCUGGCUACAACUGAAAAGAAGACCAUCUCAAGGAGCCCAGACAGCCAUCCAAACCUAUGGACUGACUUUUGUACAGGACUGAAUCUGUAUAGUUCCCGUUAUACAUAUGUAGAGACUUACAGAAAUCUUAGGUCAUUUCUGCUCCAGGCAGAAUAAACUGUAUAUAAGCUGGCUACCUGGAGCAGUUGGUGUGAAACUCUGGGGAGACGCUGACACUAUGUCGGUUCAACCCAGGUUCACCCAGCGUCAAAGUCCGGGGUUGACACUGUCUUGGCUGUGGCGGUUUUAUAAUAUUCUAUUUUUUGGUUAUCAAUCUAAUAAAUUUAUAAAUUUUUUUUUAUCAA